AUGAAUAGAAGAAGAAAAUUUCUUCUUGCCUCAGUUCUUGCUCUCCAGAAUUCUAGUUUUAUAUAUCCUUCAUGUCAAAAGUGCUUUUCUCGGAUAAUCCUGGUCUCCAAAAGGUCUAACUGUCCAAAAUGUGGCUCUACUGGUGAAGCUGAAAAUGCCAUUUACAGAUACAAGCUUUCCUUAAAAGUUGCAGAAUCAAACAAAUUAUUUGGCAUUACUGUGUUUGGAAGCUGCUUAGAUGCAUUUUUUGGUCUCACGGCCACUGGUUUGCACAGGUACAUUCAGGAUCCCAGUGAAAUUCCAGAAACUCUGGGCAGUGAUACAACUCAAAACCUAUUAACUAAAGCAGUGGAAACUUGCUUUGUUGGACAAAACUUUGUUUUUGGAGUGACGAAUUUUGAAAACCAGCAUGGAAAUGGUUCAGGUUCCAGUAACUUCUCAGAGCAGUGCUCAGACCACAAGAGAGUAGUUAAAGCACUCAUAGCUUGCCAGAUCAUUCCACCAGACCCAAGUGUUGUAGGCUUCACUGUCAUUGACUAUUUCCGUCGGCUUUUGCAGCUUUCUGCUGUCAGGAAACUUCACUGUGGCUCCCAGACACCUAAUAGCCACUUACUUGCUUUAGAAAGUUCGAAUAGUGAUCUCAGCAACUUAUGCGGCCCUGACAGCCGUUCUUGUUUUGAGCCCCAUGACAAAGAUUAUUUUCCAGGAUUCUGGCAGCUAUCACUAGAACUCACUUCUGUUGUUUCACAACUAACAGAUGAUGGUUUUUCAGCUUCAGAACAAAGCAAGGCCAUUGGUACUCUUCACCAGAACAGAAAGUGCAUCUCCUCUGCAGAGGCCACUGGUUCCAAUAGCUGCCUUGAUACCAUUCAGGGUUCAUGGAGCCUUGUUUCACAUAUGGACAAAAAGAGUUCAGCACAAAAGUUAGAUGAAGAACCUGGCCUACAGGCUAAUCAGCCAAGUGCAGUUCAUAGCAAUCAUCAUGAAAUUGGAGUUCCUGACUCUAACUUAUUCCCUAUGAAAGUACAGGAGCGAUUUGAACCGAGGAAUACAAAAUCCUUCCACAGUGCAGUGGAAGUUACAUAUUCUCAGCAUGAGAUAACAUGUCACCAGAAUCAGGAGGUAGAUACCCCCACCACCUUUCAGCAGAGAUGUAUGUGUUAUCCAUCUUCAUCACUCAGACUUGAGAAAAUAGCCAGUGGUUCCCAGGACUGUGACCUCGAAAUCUGGGAUGACCUGCCACUCUCUGAAAGCCUUAACAAAUUUCUGGCAGCUAUCGAAAGUGAAAUCGCUAUAAACCAGACAGAUGCCAGUAGCAGGAAAUGUUGUCUAGAUAAUGACAUCAGUAAACUACAUGUGGACCACAGCAGGUUAUCAUUGACUCCACAAAGAACCCCUGGAGCCUUGCAUACACCACAUAUAGCCUUAAGGUCACCACCAGCAACAGUCAAAGCAAACUCCAGCAGAGAUAACUUCCUUUCCAACCAUGAAGCAAAUCCAAGUCCUAGCGUUCAUAAGGAAUCACAGCCAGAGAACAGAGCAGAGGCUCUCUCAUUUAGUGGUAAUAAAAGAGAUAUUUCUGAACAUUCUCUACCAAAUGUUCAUCUGUCAGUUCUGUUUCCAUCUUCAAAAGGCUCAGGCACAACAGUUGCUCUUAAGUCUAUGAGAAUUCUACCACGUGAGACUGAAAUUUCAUGUAAGCACAAUACUUCAGAGGCUGACCAUUCUUGUCUCAGCAGCAAAUAUAAUAAUGGAUGUGGAGAAAAAUCACUUUCAGAAAUGAGUGAAAAGUUGACAACUUUGCAUUCUAGGAGGUAUAAUGUUGUUUCCAACUUUCCCAGCUUAGAAAAUAAACAAUACUGUAGGUGGCCAAAGAAUCAGGGCAACAGUUUGACAAUUUGCAGGAAACUCACAUAUCCUUUAGAAGCUCUUCACAGUACUCCAGACAGAAGUAUGAAUACAUUGAGAGCAAUGCUUUAUGAACACACUGGUAAUAACCUAACACAGAACUGUUCUACUGGUCAUGAAGGCAAUUACAGUGCUUCUGUGGAUCUCUUUGAUGAUAGUCCUAAAGAGAUGGACAUUGUAACAGACAUGACCAAAAGGUCACAGGAUGUUUUAUUACAGUGGGGAAAGUCUUUGGCAGAAAGUCAUCAUAUAGAAUCUGAUUUUUCACUGAGAUCACUUUCUGAAAAUUCCAGCCAGUCAUCACAAAAAUUAUUCUUGGAAAACACAUCUGCCUCUCUCUAUCCAAGAACCUGUCCCUCUCCACCUCAUUUUCAGUCAGAUUCAGAAUAUGAUUUUGAAUAUAGCCAAGACUUUGUUCCAUGUUCACAGUCAACUCCAGUUACUGGAUUCCACCAAAGUAGGAUUCAUGGGAUGAAAGGAGCUUUCCAAAAAUUACCUGCUUUUUAUUUGGACCUUGAUGCCAACUAUAAAAAAACAAGGAUUUCCUCUGCAAAUGACGCACAGCAAGCCACCCCUAUCUGUCAAAAAAAUAUAAAGACACCUAGCCAGAAAUCCAGAAGCCCUACUGUAUCUGGUAUUACACCACCAGAGAUCUCCAACAACCAUCCUGUCACUGAAUGCCUUGAAACUGAUGCUGACGAAUGGGUCCCUCCUACCACACAAAAAGUGUUUCCUUCAGAAAUGCUUGGAUUCCGGGCCAUGGGUCUAAAGAAAUGCCAUGCUGCUUAUAAUUCUCCUGAUCAAAAUGAGUUACCAAGAAAAAAACUGAAAUAUGUAAAGCAAAGAACUGGUAAAUGCUUAAUUAAGAGAGAGUUAAAUUUAAAGAAUAUGCUUACAGCAGCAGUUAUAAAACAGAAAACUCCUGACUGUAACAAUAUAAGGUCAGGCUGGAUUUCUAAAGAGUCAGUUUUGGGACGUGGUUCUUGUGCGGAAGUCAAACGUUGCCUCCCGUUUUCAGAAAAUUGGUCACCUUCAGCACAUGAAGCUAAAAGUGCUUGGUCUCCUGAAUUGUUCUCACAAAAUGUCACCUAA